AUGGCGUCCCCACAGGUCAAGACCACUCUAAACGAGAUCACAACUUCAUCAGCUUCGCAAUCCGACAAGAUCCCGCCUCUACAGACCCUCCUCUCCGAGAUCCUAUCAUCUUCACCCCCUGAACAGCUUACUCCAAAUCUCAAGGCCUUUAUCGAUACCGUCCUAAAUGAGCCGAUUACACUCAUCACCUCCCGUCCCGUGAUGACGGAGCUCGUUAGUUCCUUAUCAAAGCUUCCGAGUGAAAGCGAAUCGAAGAAGGAUACGUUAAAUUACCUGGUCGAAGCUCUAAGACCUCGUGUUGUUUCGUAUGAAGAAUCGGAUACGCUUUGUCGCGAACAACUAGCGGAUAUCUAUGAGUCCGAAAACGAUAAUACGGCUGCUGCAAACGUUCUCAUGGCGAUCCAGUUGGAGUCUUCACAACGUCUUAUUCCCGAUGAAUACCGUUUGAAAACUUACAUUCGGAUCAUGCGAAAUCUUUUGGAAGAUAAUGAGUCUGUUACCGCGGAGCGUUAUCUCAACCGUGCUGUCUCGCUUAUUCAUAAAUCUACGGAUGAAAUCCAGAAUCUUCAUUUCUUGAUGUGUCAAGCUAGGAUUUAUGAUAACAAGCGAGAUUUCUUGAACGCUUGUCAGAAAUACCUCCAGCUCAGCUUUUCACAGGUGGUCGAGGAGACUGAGAGGUUGGGGUGCUUGAAUGCUGCUAUCAUCUGCGCUGUUUUGGCGCCUGCCGGACCAGCUAGAAGCAGAGCUCUUGGUACGCUAUAUAAAGAUGAUAGAGCUCCUCAAGUCGAGCACUAUGCUAUUUUGGAGAAGAUGUACUUCGACAGAUUGCUCAGCUCCGAGGAUGUCGACGCGUUUGAAAAGAGUCUUGCACCACACCAAACCGCACAGAACGCAGAUGGAACAACAGUCUUGACAAGAGCUAUUGUUCAGCACAACUUACUCGCUGCAUCGAGGCUGUAUAACAACAUUGGUGUUGAGGAGUUGGGUGUUUUGCUGCAGUUACCGGCUGAACAGGCAGAAAGAUAUGCUGCUAGAAUGAUUGAACAGAAGCGAUUGGCUGGACAGAUUGACCAGAUCGAUAAGGUCAUUUAUUUCGAUGGACCUGCCGGAACUGGUGCACACACGGAUGGAGUUAUCAUUGGAAGGCAAACGAGGAAGUGGGAUGCGAAUAUUUUGGCGUUGGCGGAGGAGGUCGAGAGGGUUACGAGUUUACUACAAACAGAACAUCCGGAAUGGGUUGCUGCAAAUAUGGUCCACUAG